CCAGAUCGGACAGUGCCUCGGGAGACAGUGACGGCGCGAAGUAAACUGGGCGGCGGGGCGCCGGGCAGCGCGGGAGGCGGCGAGGGGCGGAGAGCACAGGGGUGCAGAGGCGCGCGCGCAGCCCGCGUCCUCCGUCGGCUGCGAGGCCCCUGACUCCUGGCUCAGGCCCCCUGGCGAGGUGCGGGAACCUUUUCGGACCCGGGCAGCGUGCUGGGAACUGAAAUCCAUUUUCUUCCGGUGAACAGUUUUUAUCACAGUUACUGAAAGAAGAAAUGGCCAGUGAUUUUAUAUUGGGUUACUUCUUAGAAGAACUUAAUAAAUACCAGCAGAUGAACAACGUAAAAAUUAAGUAUCGUGAACUGGGCAAGAGAGGACCCCCGCAUGAUGUCAGGUAUACAUUUCAAGUUAUAAUAGAGGAAAGAGAAUUUCCAGAAGCUGAAGGUAGAUCAAAGAGGGAAGCAAAAAAUGCUGCAGCCAAAUUAGCUCUCGAAAUACUUAAUAAAGAAAAAGAGGAAAUUAGUUCUUUAUCAGUGUCAGCAAAAGAUGCUUCAGAUUUAACCACUGGGAAUUACGUAGGCAUUCUUAAUAGGAUAACCCAGAAGACAAAACUACCUAUAAAUUAUGAAAUUACCUCUACUUGUGAAUUGAGCACGGCUGGGCCCGGAAGGUUUCAUUGUAAAUGCAUGAUUGGAAAGGAAGUAUAUGGUGAUGCAAUAGGUUCUACGAAACAGAAUGCAAAACAAUUGGCUGCCAAACUUGCAUAUGAAAAGAUAGGAAAAACCUCGAAGAAAGAUGACGUACUUUCCCCCGUUUCUUCCACUGUUGGGUUCAGUAACAACAGAAGCAACUCUUCGGAGACAAACAUGUUUGAUUAUGAAUCACCACCUGAAAGUGGCUUUUCAGCAAGUGGAUCAGAAAGAAGUGAAACCAGUGACAGUUUUAGCAAUUCUUCUUCAUCUUCAUCUUCCGUGAGUGACCUCAGAAAUAGUCAAAGGAAGGUGCAAAUAAAUUUGGCAGCUAAAUUUAACUCUCCAAUAGUAGGAAAUGAGUAUACUACGGAAAACAGGUUUGUCAAGGAUUUUCUAGAAAUAAAACAACUUGACUCGGGAGGAUAUGGCGAUGUUUUCACAGCAAAACACAGAAUUGAUGGAAAGACUUAUGUUAUUAAACGUGUUAAAUAUGAUAAUGAGAAGGUAGAGCGUGAAGUCAAAGCUUUGGCAAAGCUUGAUCAUCAAAAUAUUGUCCGUUACUGUAGUUGUUGGGAUGGAAAUGAUUUUACUCUUGAGGAAAGCAACAGCAAAAGGUCAUUGACUAAGUGCCUUUUCAUCCAAAUGGAAUACUGUGAUAAAGGGACAUUGGAACAGUGGCUUGAGAAGAGAAGAGACCAGAAACCAAACAAAUAUUUAUCUUUGGAAUUAUAUGAGCAAAUAGUAGCAGGAGUGGAUUUUAUACAUUCGAAAGGGUUAAUUCAUCGAGAUCUUAAGCCAAGUAACAUAUUUUUAGUAGGUACAAAACAAAUAAAGAUUGGAGACUUUGGACUUGUAACAUUCCUGGAACAUAGUGAAAAUCGAACAAAGAGUAUGGGAACUCCAAUAUAUAUGAGCCCAGAACAGCUUUCUUCACCAAGAUAUGGAAAUGAAGUGGACAUCUUUGCUUUAGGGCUGAUUCUUGCAGAGCUUCUUCAUGUAUGUCGAACUCGUUGGGAAACAUUUGAGAUAUUUGAACAUCUAAAGAAUGGCAAUCCCCCAGAAGUAUUUGAUGACAAAGAAAAAAUUCUUCUUCUGAAAUUACUCUCAAAGGAACCCAAGAAACGACCUAACACAUCUGAAAUACUGAAGACUUUGAAGGAGUGGAAGAAUGUUCCAGAGAAAAAGAAACUAAACACACGUUAGAGCCUUUCCAAAAAAGUAUCCUGCUUUUGAUGUACGAUUUUCCUGUAACUGUCUGAAAUCUGCUAGGGGAUAUCAAUAGUAGUUAUCUGCUAUUUUCAUUUUUCCCUUAAUUUUUUACUACAUUUGCAAAAAGUUUUUCAUUUUUUAACUUCAAAAACAUUUUUACAUUUGGCUUUUUCCCAGUUCAUCUCCUUAGUUUGAAGAUGGGAAAAAUCCCUCAAUUUUUUAAUAUCAAUUAGUGAAUCUGUCAAUUAAUAAAUAUUAAGUAUCCAUGGUUUCUAGGUCAAAAAGAAAUAAGAUCUUUCCCUGCCUUAAAUAGCUAAUAAGUCAGUUGGAGAAAAAUGGUAAUCAUAA